CUGAUCACAUUAUGAAUAAACUUUUUCUUCUCAUCUAUAUGAAUAUAAAAGACGACAAAUCAUGAUAUCGUCAAUCCUUUCACUUUUGUGUCCUCUUCAUUUCGUGCAAAUGAGCGGAGUCCCAUUACAUCACGUUAUCUAUCUCCAUGCUGAUCUGAAUAAUUUCAAAUAUGCGCGGGCGUUUCUUCCUUGAAUAUUAAUAUAAAUUAUAAGAUCUUUUGAAAAAUAUCAAACUCUCUGUAAACAUUAAAAUAAAUACCUUCGUAUUGAUUAUUUUCUAAGUUUCCAAGUUUUAUUAUUCAUGAUAGUAUAUUGAAAAAGAUCCGUUGGCUUAUACCUUAAUAUUUUUCUUCUUAUAUUUUUUCGAUUAAAAAUUUUUCAAAAUCCUGUUAUUAUAUUUUUCAAAAAAUAAUAAAUACGAAAUAAUUCGAUCCUCUGACUAUUUUAAAAGUUUUUAUGAUUGAUACAGUUUUUUCUAUUACAUUAAUGACGCCUCUACGAGAGAGACUAUGUUUGUUGUACGUUUAGUACGCGUUAUAAGCACAGCUGCGUCUUAACCUCAAAACAUAGUGUUUUAUUAAAAAUAUUUCCCAAUUAAAAUCAUUGUACUAAGGACUACAUAAACAUUAAAAAGAUAUGCGCAUAAAUUUGAAAUUUUUAUCGAUAAAUAAAUGGUCUACUUCUUUAAAUCAUAUAUAAAAUUUAUCUUAAACGAUAAUUGAUAAGUAAUACUGACGUUAAUAAAAAAUUUUUGUCAAAAGUGGAAGUUUAUAUAAAAAAUUUCUUCUGAUAUUAAGUAUAAAAAUAACUGAACAAACUAAAAUGUCAGAUGAUGAAGAUUAUAUGUCCGAUAAGUUUUUGCAAUUGUCCGAAAAAUGUGCUACGCCAAGUCUAGUUUAUAGACAUACAGAUAAAAGACAAUUCGAAUUAGAAAAAAGAAAAGCUGAGCAUGAAGCAAAAAUGAAAGAAAAAAAUAAAUCAAUACAUUUAAUAGAGCGUGAAAAACGAGAAGAGGGCAUGUCUAAUGCCAUAGCAAGUAGUAAUAAAGGUUUUGCUUUGCUUAUGAAAAUGGGAUAUAAACCAGGACAAGGUAUAGGAAAAACAGAAUCAGGUAUGAUUGAGCCAAUUGGAAUAGAAUUGAAAGCUGAUCGACAUGGAUUAGGCAAAACAUCGGCAAAAAAAGAAACCAAAUCAAAAAUAGUAGAUACACGAUUAGAUAAUUCACAUAUGCAAGAUUUCCGAGAAAGAUUGGCAGAAACCAAAUUAGAGCAAAUGUUAAAAGUAGAUUUAUAUAAAAGCCAAAAAGUUUGUCAACAACUAGAUGCUAAAGCAAAUAAAGAAGAACCUUUAGAAUCUUGGUUCUGGGUAAAUGAUUUGGAGAAAAAAGAAGAUGAAAAUGAAGAAGAAGAGAAAGAAGAAGAAGAAGAAGAAGAAGAAGAAGAAGAAGAUAUUACUGUUAAUGAAAAAUUAGAUAUUCUGACAAAAUAUUUACGUGAAAAGUACUUUUAUUGUAUUUGGUGUGGUGUAUUAUUUGAAGAUGAAAAUGAUUUAAGGGAUAAUUGUCCAGGAUGUACAAGAAAUGUUCAUUAGAAAAUACACUAAAAAUAAAUAAUCAAUUCAAUAAUUCAA